CCGUCGUUAAAACAAACGAAAAAAAAAAGGCGUGGUCAGGAAAAUAAAUAAAACCUGCCUUUGGGAACGCUUUGAAUUCACUUUCUUCAAGUGUGUAUCUAAAGAAUUAGAUUUUUUAACUAAACAAAAUGAGUUUCCCAGGGUAUGGAGCUCCCGCCGGCGGAUAUCAAGGAGGGUUUCCAGGAGGAUUCCCCGGCCAGCAGCAGGAUCCUCUUUUUGGAUACUUUUCUGCUAUUGCUGGACAGGAUGGGCAGGUGUCUGCUGAGGAGCUCCAGGCCUGUUUAACCCAGGCGAACUUCUCCGGAGGCUACAAACCUUUCAACCUGGAGACCUGCAGACUGAUGAUUGCCAUGCUUGAUCGUGACAUGUCCGGCUCCAUGGGUUUUAACGAGUUUAAGGAGCUAUGGGCGGUGCUUAAUGGGUGGAAGCAGCACUUCAUGUCCAUUGACAAGGACAGGAGUGGGACCGUGGACCCACAGGAAAUGAACCAGGCCGUUACCUCCAUGGGCUAUAGACUGAGUCCUCAAACCAUGAACUGUAUCAUAAAGCGAUAUAGCACUCACGGAAGGAUCACUUUUGAUGAUUAUGUCGCGUGCUGUGUCAAACUAAGGAGCCUGACUGAUGCAUUCCGCAGGAGGGACCAGGCGCAAAACGGAACCGCUUCAUUUCAGUAUGAAGACUUUCUCCAGUGCACUAUGAGCACCUGAAAGAAAUUUCUGCAAAAGCAAAUCAGCGUUUUUCCAGCAUCUAUGGCAUGAUUAGUAAAGUCUCCAGUGGCCAUGAGCUUUUUUUUUUUUAUACAAAUGCUUCCUUAUUCAAGCAUCUACGCUAACUAAAGUCAUUCUUUUUAACCAAUUUAACAACUAUUAUCAAAAAACCCUGUUACGUAUAUACUAAAUAGAUUAAAAACUUCAUUGUUGAAUAAUUAAAGAAUCUAAUAAACAUGGGGACCAAAACCACUUGGAAGCAUGUAACCCAAAAAUUGUAUUCAAUAAAAAAAAUCAAAAUUG